GCAAUUCCUUCCGGGAGUCGUAGUUCCGUCUCCCUGCUUUGAGGGUCCGUGCAGGCUGAGCCAUGGACUACAACUCCCAGGAAUCAGCGCUCGUUCCCUUUUCUCUAGUCCCGCCUCCCCACGCCUCCCACCUGCCCGGGCAGCGGGCUAAAGGCGGGGAAGCUCGAGUGGCUAGGAGAGGAGCCGGUCGCACAUGCGCCUUGAAGGAAGAUGGCACCUGCCGGCUGCUGUUGCUGCGGCUGGGGCGGCGCUGUGUCUGCAGCCGGCGCUGCCGGGCGCCUUCUGGCGCUGCUGCUCCUGGGGGCCCUGUCCGCCGAGCUGCACCCGGGAGCCCUGGGCACCGAGUACUACUCGCCGCUGUCCCUGCUCAAGCAGGAGCUGCAGCACCGGCAGCAGGCGGCGCCCGGGGCCGGCGGAGGCGGAGGCUGCGACCCGCAUUCUGGGGAUUGGGGGGACCAGCCUUCAGCGGAGUGCAGCGAGGCAUCUUUUUUGAACUUCCAUGAUUCUUCGGAUUGUGAGCCAAAAGGAUCACCACCCUGUGACUCUUUGCUUUCCCUUAAUGCUGAAAAGAUUCUGAACCAGGCAAAGUCCCUUGCAGAACAAAAGCGAUUACCUUUUGCUACUGAUAAUGACAACACAAAUGAAGAAUUAGCUAUUGCUUAUGUGUUGAUUGGCAGUGGUCUGUAUGAUGAAGCAAUAAGACAUUUUUCAUCCAUGCUCCAGGAGGAGCCAGAGCUCGUUAGUGCAAUUUAUGGUCGAGGGAUAGCCUAUGGAAAGAAGGGACUACAGGACAUUAAGAAUGCUGAACUUGCUUUGUUUGAACUGAGUCGAGUAAUUUCCUUGGAACCAGAUCGUCCAGAAGUAUUUGAGCAGCGAGCUGAGAUACUGUCCCCUCUGGGACGAAUCAGUGAAGCAGUAAGUGAUCUCACUAAAGCUAUCCAACUGCAACCAUCAGCACGACUCUAUCGACACAGGGGGACCUUGCAUUUCAUAUCAGAGGACUAUGCAACAGCCCAUGAAGACUUUCAGCAGUCUUUAGAACUGAACAAAAAUCAACCUAUAGCUAUGCUGUACAAAGGCUUAACUUUCUUCCACAGAGGCCUUUUAAAGGAAGCUAUUGAGUCUUUCAAAGAAGCCUUGAAACAGAAAGCUGAUUUUAUUGAUGCGUAUAAAAGUCUUGGUCAAGCCUACAGAGAACUGGGCAACUUUGAAGCAGCCACUGAGAGUUUUCAAAGGGCCCUGCUGCUCAACCAGAAUCAUGUGCAGACCUUACAACUCCGAGGGAUGAUGCUUUAUCACCAUGGCAGCUUACAGGAAGCCCUAAAGAAUUUCAAGAGGUGCCUACAACUAGAGCCAUACAACGAAGUGUGCCAGUAUAUGAAAGGACUCAGCCAUGUGGCAAUGGGGCACUUCUAUGAAGGAAUAAAAGCACAAACUAAAGUCAUGCUAAAUGACCCUCUCCCAGGCCAGAAGGCUAGUCCAGAGUAUCUGAAAGUGAAAUACCUCCGAGAGUACUCUCGUUAUCUUCAUGCCCACCUUGAUACCCCGCUUACAGAGUAUAAUAUUGAUGUGGAUUUGCCUGGAAGCUUCAAAGAUCACUGGGCUAAAAAUUUGCCCUUUCUCAUAGAGGAUUAUGAAGAGCAGCCAGGUCUACAACCCCAUAUCAAAGAUGUGUUGCCUCAGAAUUUUGAGAGCUACAAGCCUGAUGUACAGGAGCUGAUUUGUGUAGCAGAUCGUUUGGGGUCCCUGAUGCAAUAUGAAACACCUGGUUUCCUGCCAAAUAAGAGAAUACAUAGAGCAAUGGGUUUGGCUGCUUUAGAAGUCAUGCAAGCUGUGCAAAGGACAUGGGCCAACUCUAAAGUGCGAAUGAAUGGAAAAACUCGACUGAUGCAGUGGAGAGAUAUGUUUGAUAUUGCAGUAAAAUGGCGAAGGAUUGCUGAUCCAGACCAGCCUGUAUUAUGGUUAGAUCAAAUGCCAGCUCGAAGUCUUAGUAGGGGCUUUAAUAACCACAUCAAUCUAAUCAGGGGUCAAGUGAUUAACAUGAGAUACCUGGAAUAUUUUGAGAAAAUACUUCAUUUUAUCAAAGACAGGAUUCUUGUCUAUCAUGGUGCUAAUAAUCCCAAAGGACUGUUAGAAGUUCGAGAAGCUCUUGAAAAAGUACACAAAGUAGAAGAUCUUCUUCCAAUUAUGAAGCAGUUUAACAGUAAGACAAGAGAUGGGUUCACUGUGAAUACAAAAGUUCCUAGCCUCAAAGAUCAAGGGAAGGAAUAUGAUGGAUUUACAAUUACUAUAACAGGAGACAAAGUUGGCAAUAUAUUAUUUUCUGUGGAAACUCAGACCACAGAAGAAAGAACACAGUUAUAUCAUGCCGAAAUAGAUGCACUGUAUAAAGAUCUCACAAGUAAAGGAAAAAUAUUAAUUCUCUCAUCAGAACUUGGGGAGGCUGAUGCUGUCUGCAACCUAAUCUUAUCCUUAGUUUACUACUUCUAUAACUUAAUGCCACUUUCCAGAGGAUCCAGUGUAAUAGCUUAUUCUGUGAUUGUGGGCGCAUUGAUGGCAAGUGGGAAGGAAGUUGCUGGAAAAAUUCCCAAAGGAAAGUUAGUUGACUUUGAAGCCAUGACAGCUCCUGGAUCAGAGGCCUUUAGCAAAAUAGCCAAAAGCUGGAUGAGCCUACAAAGUAUUUCUCCUUCUUACAAAAGUCUUCCAUCUGUAUCAGAGACAUUUCCAACAUUAAGAACAAUGAUUGAGGUGCUAAACACAGACUCUUCUCCACGGUGUUUUAAGAAACUAUAGUUGUUCUAUAGUAUUUAUUAUAAAGUAAAGGGCUGGGACCUCUUGCUUCUCUUUAAGUUAUUUUUUUGACAAGUGAAAUUAUGAAGAAAUUAGGUCCUUUAUAUUACUUUUGAUACCAGUUUUUGAUAGGAACUGAAUACUUGAAAGCAUUUUCUUUACUUUUCCAGACCCAAAUAAAUCAUGAGAGUUUUGUGGGUGGGUCUAAAAGUAUGGGAUUGUAUUGGCCAAUAGCCUAUUGGUUUCCAUUAAUAAUAGCCAUACACUGCUUCCCUAUAGCAAAACAGUAUAUAUAUUUACUUUUAGAGACCAAAAAUUAGUCAUUAAAAAUUAAAUAGCCAUGAACAAACAGAUGAUUUUAUUCCUUAUAUACUCAUGGGGUUUUUUCCCCUCCAAGGAAUAUUUUCCUUUAUGAACUUUCUGAUAAGAUUAUCCUUUUCAGCUUAUAUAAAAUCCUACUUCAUGUUCAAGGUCUCAAACGUGUUUGAUCUGUGAAAGCAUUAUAAGGCCAUUGCUGGAUGACACACCAACACACACACAAAAUUUUGGUGAUACAGAUGUCAGCUAGUGUUCUAAAACACUGAACUACUGAACCGUCCUCUUUUUUUUUCUUUUGUUGAAAAACCACACACCAAUUUUUGGCACUGGCUUGUGUGUGCUGUGUGUCGUAUUAACUGGUUGCUAUUUUAGGUAGCAGUGUAUGAAAAUUCAAAAAUUAAAACUACCACUGAUUUUACAAAAUCUGGUUUCCUUUUGGGGGUUGGGGAGGAUGAUGUGAAAACAGUGAAACUCUGGUUAAUUAAAAGGUUGCCAUUUGAAAUUCA